UCAGGGCUGCGGCGGGACCCAGGUUCUGCUCCGAGAUGGGGCCCUCCGGUGGCCUGUAUGUCUUCAUCCUGGUGGGCCUGGCUGUGCCCAGCAGAGAACCACGGGUGGCGCUUCCAAAGAGUCUAGCCAGGAUUUGCCCCACCGAGAACGCCUUCCCCUGCACCUCCAGCCGCGAUCCAACCCCGACUACUGAAAACACUUACAUCCCGAGCCACGUCACAAGUGAGGAGAGAGAGGCAGAUACAGCCUCCCCAGAUUUCCCAAGCAGGCCUCACACGUGGACUCAGCUGGCUGAUGAAAUAACUAGAAGCCAGACUGAACUCCAGACGGGGGACGCGGAGCCGGAGGCGGAGACGGGAGCGGUCACGGAGACGCCAGCACCCACGGGGACCGGGACGGGUUCUCCCCCAGCCACAGAGCCCGCGCGGCCGGGGAGCACGGAGAGAGGCACCCCGACGUUGCCAGAGGAGCAGUCAGCAGGCAAGCACUUCUGGGUGCUCCCCCAGACUCCAAAGCCACCGGGUGUAGACGAGGCGGACCCCUUCACUUACGACGAGGGCACGCUGCGGAGACGGGGGCUGUUGGUGGCGGCGGUGCUGUUUGUCACGGGCAUCAUCAUCCUCACCAGUGGCAAGUGCAGACAGCUGUCCCGGCUCUGCCGGCGGAGAGCCUACAGCGUGGUCCACACCGGGCGCCCCGAGCAGGAAGACGCGGGUGCUGGGAGCCAGACCUGCAGCUGACAGCUGCCUCAGGCCUCCCCCUCCUCCCUCCUCCCCCCUCCUCCCCCUCCUCCCUCCUCCCUCCUCCCCAGCCCCAGCCCUCACCCUGUCCCCCUGUUCAGACAAAAGAUAAUAAAGUUUGGCCAGGCAC